AUGUCGAAUAUCAAUCCCGAUAGACCGACUUCCACAUCCAACAUCAUACCUCAUCCUGCAUCUCGACUUUCCCCUCCGCCUGGUACAGAUCUCUCCCACAUAUAUGGACAAGGCUUCGCAACCGUCGGGCCAUCCGAUUACGAUAUGAUCUCGGGGGGUUCCAGUAUACCACCUCAGGUCCAGCCUGGGACUAGUGGAAUAGGUGGUGGAAAUGCAGGAUCGACAUCGGACAAUAAAAAGAAGAAGGAUGAUAAGGAUGCGAAUGUCCCUAAAAGGGGUUAUCGAGCUUGUGUUCAUUGUCGCUUGAGGAAAGCGAAAUGCGAUCUGGGGGAUGUAAAUGCUCCUUCGGAGCCACCUUGCUCGAGAUGUAGGAGGGAACAGAGGGAUUGUGUCUUCUUACCUAGCAAACGACGAAGGAAAACAUCGACCGCUGCUGAAGGAGCUUUGCGAGAAGCCUCAGUCGAUCCAUCUCAAGCAGAAGUGUAUCCUGCUCAUGGAUCUACAACAUCAACAACAACUACAAUUACGAACCCCAAUCCAAGCCAAGAAAACCCGCCUCAACCUCAACCUCAGCGGAUCAUUCGACCCCCAUUCGAGAACCAUCCCAGCACCAGCGAGUGGGAUAUAUCUUCGCUUUCUCAUAUUAUGCAGCCGCAAGUAGACGAUACUUCGCGGAAUCAAGCAUUGUACAGCCAUAAUCCACCUUCGUCUUCAAGUUCCAAUUGGCCCGAUCAAUACUCUCAAACACAAGCUGGACCAAGUACCACCACAAGUGGCCUUUCUUCACAUUCACUUUCACAAAAUCAAAUGUUACCUCCUCCUUCUCAGACCUCCUUGACUCCGCAACACCAUCCGGAUACUACAACGCCAGGAUCAAUGGGCGAAUCGUCGGUAGGAUCUACCACUGGACUCUCGCCUAAUCAACCUUCCCAGCAUCGUGUUAAAAAACGACGAACGCUAGAGCCCGACGGUACGAGGAAGAUUGUCAAUGCGAGCUUGUCCAACGAGAUGGACGCUUUAGAGAUCCUAGCCAAUGCAGCGACAGAUGAGAACGGUGAGAUUGAUCCGAACAUGCCGGCAAAUAAGGGUAAACAUCCCCAGCAGGAUGGCGGAUCUAAUGGAGAUACCAAGAGAGUCUCGUGGGAUAUCUCAGAAGAAGCUUCUCCCGUAAGGGAAUUGGAAGAAUUUCAUCUCAUCAAAAAUGGAAUCUUGGAUGAAGAAACUUUACAGGAAUUGGUCAAUAUCUAUUUUAGGGAUCAUCAUCCUUCGUUGCCAAUUUUCCAAACCUCUCGAAUACCACGUACACGCGAACAACUCCUCGACCUGACGCAUAACGAUUCAUUCCUCCUUACAUGUAUCGUAGCCGUUGCAUCGCGACAUCCUGUCGAUCCGAAAUAUCGUGAAAUACACGAUAAGACAUGGCCCAUUUUACGAGAAACCAUGGCUGACUAUUCUUUUGCGGGAUUACCGGGAAGUGUAGGAUUCGUAGAAGGGGUAUUGCUCUUGGCUGAACAUCUGCCGAGGGAAAGGGCAGCUCCACCGAAAUCGUAUAGCCUCAAUAUGCUGGCUGGACCUGGGACGGAGGUUACGGGCGAACAUGGUACAGAUAAUAGGAGAAGUUGGAGUCUGACUGGUUUAGCGAUCAGAGCAGCGUAUCUGCUAGGACUGGACCAGAUUGCCUUGGAGAUCAAUGAGGAUGAACGUACACCCGAUGUAGAGAGAGUACGGAGUGUAUGGACUUGGUGUUACCUAUAUGAUCGUACUAUAGAUGAAACAGGUUUAGCAUUCUGGUCGAGAGGUCCAUCACUAUGUUUCAUUGGGUAUUCACAUAUCUCCCAAACCGGUGAAGCAGCCGCAAGAUUCAACUUCCCUUUACAACUUUCCCCAGGAAACGGAAACGACAAUGAAGAUUCGACACACGAUGAUUCGGCUUCGUUAAUGCAGGGUUUAGUGGAGUUAACUCAAAUCAUGACUAACGCUCAUGAUAUCUUGUAUCCGAGUAAGAGUAGAACAGCUGUAUUGGUUAGACAAGGGGAAUACUUUUUGUUCUUAGACCAUUUUAGGAGAGCUCUGGAUAGUUAUAGGACUAUCUGGAAACCCAAAAAGUGGUCCAAUCAAACAUUACAGGAGCUAAGUUGGAUGACCUAUCAAUUCGUCAGACUGUACAUCUCCUCAUUCGGUUAUUCGGCACAUGUGAAAAGAGCUCAAUGGCGUGCAGAAACUGAGACUCAAGCUGGAAGGGAUGGUGGUAGACAAUCCGUCCAAUUGUUCCCAAGAGGCUCGGCAACUUCACCGGAUGCAAUAUAUAUAUACGAGUCGAUCGGAUCAGCAAAUGAGAUCAUGGCUAUUGCCUUGCGAUUAUCUCAAAUGGGCUCCUUACGAUUUUUACCUUCAAGAUAUUUGAUCAAUAUCUCAUAUGCCGCUGUAUUCGCCCUGAAAAGUAGUUAUUCGGGUGCAGUAACCGGUAAAGAUAUGAUCAGGAUCCGCGAGCUCGUCGAUCAUGUCUGCGCGGCUUUAGUUUUGGCUUGUCCAGAUAAAGAUCAUCCUGCCAACAAGUAUGGGCAGAUGUUGCGGAUGCUCUCUAAGAAAUUGGAACAAUUGUCUGACGCCAGUGCUGUACCAUCGAGAUUCCCUUCACCGGAACCAAUGUCCUCUACACCCUUACCCGCCGCACAUUCAGAACCUACACCAUUACCUUGGACAUUGCCUACCGAAACUUUGGAUACACAACCUAAACCAUUCCAUUUCCCACCUUUCGAAUUCAACUUCCUUCCUGCCACAAAUACCACCAACAACAUUCCGAACAACAACGGUAAUAAUGAUUCUUCAACUACACCGACACACUUUCAGUAUAACUCUACGCCUGCAGGCGGUGCAGGUGAUUACGUGUCGAGCCUUGGUUUAGGUCUAGGUGCGGCUAGUGCGAAUAUAUCGCAGAAUUCACUGAACUAUAUUCAAAAUGGUAAUAAUGGUAAUGAUAGUAAUCCUGCAGAAGGACAAGAAGGGUUGUUUGACUUUGAUACUAAUUUCGAUUUCGAUCUGAAAGGCUUUUGGGACGAUUUCACUUUGGGUGAAGGUAGCGGAUUCCCUUUUAGGUAG